GCCGCUAGACACGCUAUAGAAUAUGGCAAUACAAUCCGAAGACAAACCUCUUCUUGAACCAGAAGCCUUAUAUAACAGAUCUCCCUGGAUUUCCUUCGCCACCUUCAUCAUUCUGCAGUUUCUGAUCUUCAUACCUGAAGGCGUUAUGCAAACACUUUCAGCACAGUUCACUCGCUCCGCUUUUGCCCGCGAAAGGAACUUCACCCUUCCAGUCGGCGUUAACUCGUGCACGACCAGCAACGUCACCCAGGAGCUCAACGACAUCCAGGCAGCGACCGCGCUGUUCGCUACAUACCAGAGCGUACUCAAAGAUUUCGUCCCAGUCCUCACGACCCUGCCGUUGACUGCUGCGUCUGACUUCACUGGCCGCCGUCCCAUAAUCCUUCUGAGAUGCUUCGGUGGGCUUGCCAUGACGACCGGCUUCUUAAUCGUGUCAUUCUGGGAUCUCUCCGUAUAUUACUCUCUUUUUGGCUGUGCAGUUUUUGGUUUUUCUGGAGGAUAUGUACUUUUAAAUUCGAUUUGCAUGCUCUAUGUUACAGACAUUUUUGCAGCAGAGACGAGAGGCACUGCCUUAGCCAUCGUCUACGGCAUAGAAAUCUCUGUCAUGUAUAUAGGCACUUUGGUGGUUAAUAUCUUACUUCAGGCUUUAUCUUCUUACACUGUACCUUUCUUGAUAGCAACUGUAUCAGCGUUGUUGGCUUGUCUCUGGGUACUUCCUUCAUGUCUUGUUCAAGAGUCCAUUAAGAAGCGUCCUUUGGAUCUAGGAGUGAUUACGAAUAUCACCGAGGGCAUCCGGUGUCUUUUCACAAAAGCAACCAAUAGCCGACGACGGAGACUUCUCGCUCUUUUGGUGUGUGACAUGCUGGUGAAUUUUCAAGUAGAGGGCUUUGAGAGUACAAUGGAUCUCUACGGUUUAGGGGAGCCAUUCUGCUGGUCUCCAACAUUCGUCGGUGUGUUUUGGCUUAUGCAUGGGAUCCCACAAGCAUUUGGGACACCUUUGACUGUAUGGCUAAUCGGACUUGUUGGGCUUUCAAGUUAUUGGGUGAUAUAUAUCAGCCUUGUGUCAGGAAUUGGACUAUUUCUGCUGACAGCAGUGGCCAAAAGUAAUGCCGUCUUGAUUUACGGUGCCUCGUUAGUUGGUAUAUCCGCCGGUGCUUCAAGGCCAAUGUUUGUUCUUCUCAUGACAAAGACUGUUGACACGAAAAAUCAAGGGGCACUGUUUGCCAUGUCCUCGCUGCUCUCAGCCGUCUCUGUAGCACUUUCCAUUAUCAUCCAGAAGGUUGCGUACUCAUUUGCAGUUACUGAAGGACAUGUCGUUGUUCUCUUUCUUGUAAUGGCCUUGAUGUGCGGACUGAUACUCGUCCCUGUCAUAUUCUUGCACGUGCUGGAGCUUAAAAGCGACAUUGACGACCCAGAUCCAAUAAGUAUGAAUAGUAUAGACAAUUAAGUUCCUUGUCGGUAAAAAAGUAAAGUUUGAGGCUUUUUGCAGGCCUUUGAGCUAUAUCAUGCUCUCUCAAUGAAGAAAUUACCUGUAUAUUAUUUUACUUGUACUUAUUAAAGUAAAAAUUAAAUUCAAUACAUUCUAUGUUAUCGUUUACUUGAUGUAAAACAUGGAAAUAAAAUGUAUCAUAAUGGAUAGGCUUUUGUAUUGUUAUACAUGUUAUUCAAUGUGUGUGUAUAUAUGAUGGACGUUCGGCUUCUAUAUUGUGGGUCUGUUUGUGUUUACACUUUGCUGCUUGUUUGCAUUGUAUGUCUAUUGUUGCGUCUUUCUAUACUGCUAUCUCCUAAUUGGGCGAUCAAACGUCGAUUUUUCCUGAUUCCUGGAUGUCGCGAACUGGACUAACUUUGACAGAAGCCUUACAUACAUAACCUUUACUGCAAAUACGCUGCAGUACAAUUUUAGUAUUAAAAACUUCUUUUUCAAAAGCCAUAACCCUAAAAGAGCUAGGGCGGAAUCCAGUCCUGCCAAGCCAUUUUUUCGAUACCUCCCAGGUGCACUAUUUAGGAGCUGAGCCUUUAGGAGUUUUUGGAGUAGGUUAAUACAUUUUGACAACAGUUUUGUAAAACUCGAACAUACCGUACUCCCGCAGCGCCCAUUUUCCCCGAGACAGGUCAGCCAAACGUAUACUUUUCGAUUGCCGUGGUCAAUGUACGCGGGCUGCCAUGCGCGUGGCCCUUCUUUUCUAUGACCGUAACAACAAAACCACAGGUCAGAUUUAGACGGAACUCCACAGUUAUACUGAUGAGUGUUUUCACAUGCAUGUGAAGUUUACAAACAUCGAGCAUGGGACAGCAGAGUUGUUUUGAGCGGCAGAAUCCCCCCCCCCGGCGAUGAGAUUGUCCGGACCCGGCUCUGGACUCAAAAGGAACCCCGUCCUGUCAAAGUUACAGAAAGCAUUUCGCUAAACGUUCGGUUCGGUCUUUCAAGUACAUGUACUUGGGGGGAGUAACAUUGAUAAUAGCUGAAUAGAAGUGUAGCACAAGAAAAAUCAGUGCUAAGUGUAAUCAAUUUCUGUAUUUUCUGAGGAGAAUGAAAUCAUUCAGUGUCCAAAGUGAUAUUUUGUAUCUAUUUUAUCAGGCAGUCAUCCAAUCUGUUUUUUCAUUCUGUAGUGUAGUGUGGUGUCAUGGGCUGCCACAUGAGAACAUUCCAAAAUUGAAUCGCAUUAUAAAAUACGAAUACGGGUUGGUAGGCGCUGACAUUAAGCAGCUGGAUACUUUAUGUAGUAAGUAAAGAUAUGGAGAACAAAGUCCUGACCAUUGUGUCUGACAGCAAUCACCUGCUUCAUCCCGGUGUUGUUAAAAGCGGGCCUGGUAGGAUAAGACAACUUAGGCUGACCACCAAUAGGCUGAGGAAUUCCUUCAUCCCUAUACGUCCAUUAGACAUUACGAUAGCAAUGUUUUCUAACGUAUUGCUACUUCAAGGUUUUUAAAGGGGAUGGUAUUUUGUGUCUAGGGGUAUUGUUUCAUAUUUUGGUGUAUAAGUAAAUGUGGUCGACUCGGACUGUAUAACAUUUGUGAUUAUAUUCUCUAUAUUUUAAUUUAGUGGUCUAACUAUGAACUCUUGCUGUGGAUUUUGAUGUGUUUUUAUUGACUGGGACAACAAUUUUCAUGAGAUAAGGACCCGGGUGCCACAUGACUUUUGGACGGACAAACGGCUCGACCGACGGCCCAAGUUAUCAAUCUUAUUCGAUUCCGAUAAUCGUUCAAGCUUGCCUCAAUACCAGGGGAAACGUCUUGGCAAUAGACACAGGUGCUGUAAAUCCAAUUCACAACGAAACCAAUAAAUUACAUGUACAUUGUAUAUUGUUACAUGUACCGCGUAUGGAGAUAAGGACCCAGGUGCCAAAAACGCGCACGCACCUGUCGGAGGAAAAGCACAACCACGUGACCAAGCUGAUAAUUUGCGCUAUUACAAUUAUAUUUUGUAUGUUUAACAAUUGCGACAUGUAUGCCACAAAAAUCGCCGCAAUGGUAGCUUUUAACUUAUGUAAGAUUCGAUAGGUAAAAUGAUCUAAAGAGAAAGAUUUCCUAUUGCAUUUGUUUAGUUAGACUUGUGUGUCCUUUAAUUCUCUUUCAGUACUAAAAUGCAAUUAACAAUACACGUAUUUCAGAUUUACAUGUACAUCCAUGAAUAUAAAGGCAUUUUUGUAGUUAAAAAUUCAAAUGCAGCCAAUAGCCCUGCGUUUGGGUUGAAAUUCUGGCUUUUAUGUGAUUGUACCCGAGACGAUCCAACAGCAUUCAACAAUUAGCCAUUUGAGAAUUAGAUUUUAAUAAAAUCUGGUACACUCAGUUCUUUAAAUUCACAUGAACAUAACAACUUGAAU